ACUCGCUAACGUGCCCGAGUAGGUUUGUCCCGUGCGGGGUCCCGUCCCUCAAGGCCGGGGCCGCGUCAGGUUGGGAGAGAGCGAGCGGCCGGGCCGGAGGGGGCGGGAGCGUGGCCGAGCGGAGCCGGCGGCGGCCGGAGGGGGACGAAUGGCGGCGGCGGCGGCAGGAACGACGGCGGCGGCGGCCUACGCCAGCCUGAAGCUGCAUAUAACACCAGAGAAAUUCUAUGUGGAAGCUUGUGAUGAUGGAGCGGAUGAUGUGCUUGCUAUUGAUAGAGUCUCCACGGAAGUCACUCUUACAGUUAAGAAAGAUGUUCCCCCAUCAGCUGUUACCAGGCCUAUAUAUGGUAUUUUGGGAACAAUCCGAUUGGUAGCAGGCACGUAUCUUAUUGUAAUAACAAAAAAGAAAAAAGUAGGUGAGAUUUUCAGUCAUGCAAUCUGGAAAGCAACAGACUUUGACAUCCUCUCCUACAAAAAGACCAUGCUGCAUUUAACUGAUAUUCAGUUGCAGGACAACAAAGUAUUUCUGUCAAUGCUUAGUCAUGUCUUGAGCGUGGAUGGAUUUUACUUCUCAACAACGUACGACCUAACACACACUCUGCAACGGUUAGCCAACACAAGCCCUGAGUUCCAGGAAAUGAGCCUCCUAGAGAGGGCAGAUCCACGGUUUGUAUGGAAUGGACAUCUUCUUAGAGAAUUUGCUGCUCAACCAGAGAUCCAUAGGUUUGCUAUGCCUGUGAUGCACGGAUUUAUCACUAUGCACUCUUGUUCUAUUAAUGGCAAGUGUUUUGACUGGCUGCUUGUUUCCAGAAGAAGCUGUUUCAGGGCUGGUGUACGCUACUAUGUAAGAGGUAUUGAUUCAGAAGGACAUGCUGCUAACUUUGUUGAAACAGAACAAAUUGUGCAUUACAAGGGGAGCAAAGCAUCGUUUGUUCAGACCCGUGGAUCAAUUCCUUUUUUCUGGUCUCAAAGACCAAACCUCAAGUACAAACCAAAGCCACAGAUCAGCAAGUCAGUAAAUCAUAUGGAUGGCUUCCAACGACAUUUUGACUCGCAAAUAAUUAGCUAUGGAAAGCAAAUGGUUGUCAACUUGGUUAACCAAAAAGGUUCAGAGAAGCCUCUCGAGCAAACAUUUGCAAAAAUGGUAAACAGCAUGGCAAACGGUAUGGUCAGAUACAUAGCAUUUGACUUCCAUAAAGAGUGCAGUCGGAUGAGGUGGGAUAGACUUCAGAUUUUGAUGGAUCAACUAGCAGAACAGCAAGAUGAGUUUAGUUAUUUUCUAGUUGAUUCCGAUGGUAAAAUUGUGACUCAGCAGGAAGGAAUAUUCCGCAGUAACUGCAUGGAUUGCCUUGAUCGGACUAAUGUGAUUCAGAGCUUGUUAGCACGCCGAUCUCUUCAAGCCCAGCUUCAGAGGCUAGGUGUUCUGCAUGUUGGACAGAGAAUUGAAGAGCAAGCAGACUUUGAGAAAAUCUACAAAAAUGCAUGGGCUGAUAAUGCUAAUGCUUGUGCCAAACAAUAUGCUGGAACUGGUGCCUUAAAGACAGAUUACACAAGAACUGGGAAGAGAACUCAGUGGGGCUUAAUAAUGGAUGGCUGGAACUCAUUAAUACGUUACUACAAAAAUAACUUUUCUGAUGGAUUUAGACAGGAUGCAAUUGAUCUUUUUCUUGGAAAUUAUUCAGUGGAUGAAGUAGAACCUGCUAGUCCUCUACAUGUCAAAAAAGAUUGGAAGUUCUUAGCUUUGCCUAUUAUUAUGGUGGUUGCUUUCUCCAUGUGCAUUAUUUGUUUGCUAAUGGCUGGUGAUACAUGGACUGAGACACUGGCCUAUGUGCUGUUCUGGGGAAGUGCAAGCUUUGGAACUUUUGCUAUCAUCCUCUACAAUGGCAAGGAUUUUGUAGAUGCACCCAAGCUGGUCCAGAAAGAGAAGAUGGACUGAAUUUGUGUGUGUGGAAAGCGGCUUGGUACUGAGGAUUCCUCAAGCCACACUUGGAGUCUCUACUGACCUGCUUUCCACACCAAAUAGUGGUCUUCUAAACAUUCUUCCUUGGCAGCAUGGGGGGUGGGGGGGUAAAGAAGAUGAUGUCCUUUGCUGGUGGUAGCUUUCAACUGAGACCUGACUCGACAGUCUUGGUUGCAAUGGUCUUUGGAAUAUUGCAUUAGUGGAGGGGGCUCCACUCUUCCUGAGGUAAUGCAAAGAUGAAAGCCAGCAUUUUGGUGUCUGGAAUGUCUUAGGGCAUAAAUGGACUGCUGAAGCUCAAAGUCAACCUGGGCUGUUUCAGCUGAAUUUUUGGCCUCUGGCUUGACAGGGGAGAGCUGUUGCUGUUCAUGUGUCAAAAAACCCAGAUGUUGAAGCACUAGUAAUGGAGCUUUUACUUGUGGUCUCUGAAUAUGGCUUCAUACCAAUAAAAAGUUUAGUUACAAGACUUACAGCUGGAUUACAUUUGUUGUGAUAAAGUCCAUGUUAAGGAGUCCUUUGUGCAUAUUUGUGUGGAUUCUUUUCACUAAAUAUAAAAGAUUUUUGAAUCCUAAUGCUCUUAAAUGAGCUUUUUGUCCUGUCUUGUUUAUGUAGGACUGAUGCAAUAUUCUACUAAUCAUUGUUUGGGUGAAAGGACAGUGUAAUUGGAUGUUCCUGAAGUUGCAAAUUACUUGCACUGUUUCAAUACUACAGUCUCCAGAUGAUGAUUCAUUAGUUAACAAGUUAAAAUAUAGGAUUUUUUUUUCUAAAGAUGUAAAUUAAAUCAAAGAAUGUAAAAAUCCUUUGCGGUGUUUAUUGAACCUUCCUUAUGCUAAAGGUCCAAAGUAUUCCGUUACUUUAAGAAUGGGUCACAAUGUAAAAGGUGAACUUCAUAUUGUUUUGCUAGUCAGCUGCUUCUGUUCUUGGUUAUGUGGAAAUAAUUUAUGAAAGAUGGAAUAACAGCCUGAGGAGAAAGUGUUCAGUCUAAACUCCAUGUUUGCACUUGGAAGCAGCAGCUUGCUUUUCAUGCAUGAUACUGUAACACUCUUUAAAAAAAAAAAAAAAUAAUUGAAAAAAAGCUACAGAACAAUUUGUGCUGGUUAACAAUAAAUGUGUGUCUUUAAAUUUAGUGCUUCCAAGCUGUAAAAAAAAAAAGUAAUCCUAAUCAAGGACCAAUUUUAAACUAUUUUGUCAUUUAUUUUAUAUGGUUUGUUCAAAACCAGACAUGGAACUUGCUUAAGGCGCUGUGCAUUGUUUAAUAUUUCCUGUAAGUACAGCUGUAUAUUCAGAUUGUGAUUAUAAAAUUUAAAUGGGGGGAAGAGAGGAACAUGUAGAAUACUAGGACUAGCACUGUUGUCACUAUUGAAGCCAGAACACAAAACACUGGUACUCCAGUGUUUCCUUGUGUUACGGCUGAGAACAUGUACAGAUUUUUGCAACUGUUAAUUGCUCAUUUUAACCUUGAAUGUUUCUGGAGGCCUCUCUGGGUUUUGUGUAAGCAUAACUUGUUCAUAAGCACUAGUAUUUGCAGAGUGUCUGUUUGCUUCUAGAUGCUGUAAUGGAAAUACCAGUUGACAGUUAACUGGAAAAUCCUCUAACUUAAAAUUUUCAAAGGUGAACUCCAUUACGGGCACAAAAUACAAGAACGUCGUUGACUCAGUGUUUGAAAGUAAUGGUUUUGGUGGCUCACUGGCAGGUGGCAUUUGAAACUCACUUUGGUCGUCUUGCCAUCUAGAACUAAAUCUCUGCAUCUUUGGUCUUUGCUACAACAAGUUUUCAAACUUGGAAAAAAAAAAAAAGGUUUGUAAGACGUAGGUUUUAGAAGUUGGAAGGCACCUGUAUCUCAGUGCUUUGCAAAGAGUAUGUAUUUCUGAAAUCACAAAUGGUGUACUCAUACAUGACAAUAAAAUGUUCAAAUUUUCUA